AUGGAGGAGCAGCAGCAACAUGACGAGCCGAUGCUCAAGACCUGCGACUCGGAGGCCACGUCGUCCUACCAACUCGGCGGUUUCGGUGUGGAUGCGGCUAUAGGCGAGUCCAAGCGCUGGCUGCAAAGCUUAGAGAAGAGCAUCCGCGCCAUCGUGAGUAUUCGUUUACUGAGUGUACGCGCCUUCGACGGCAACGGCGCGAGCUUCAGCGUGGCCACGGGCUUCGUGGUGGAUAUGGAGCGCGGAUUAAUUUUGACCAACCGUCACGUGGUGACACCCGGACCCGUUGUGGCUGACGCCAUCUUCCUCAAUAAGGAAGAAGUGGACCUCGUGCCCAUUUACAGAGAUCCCGUGCACGACUUUGGCUUCUUCCGAUUCGACCCCAAGAAGGUUAAGUUCCUACAACUGCAUGAAAUCCCGUUGCGCCCUGAAGCUGCCAAGAUCGGCGCCGAGAUCCGCGUGGUGGGCAACGACGCGGGCGAGAAAUUGUCCAUUCUUCCAGGCAUUUUGGCCAAAAUGGACCGAGACGCGCCGUCCUACGGCUCCAGUACCUACAAUGAUUUUAAUACGUUUUACUAUGCAGCAGCCAGCAGCACGAGUGGAGGCUCCAGCGGCUCCCCAGUGCUGAAUAUUGACGGUUGUGCUAUUGCGCUCAAUGCUGGAGGAGCCAAGAAGGCUGCUUCAUCCUUUUAUUUGCCACUUGAUCGCGUCGUGCGAGUGUUGGAACUGAUUCAACAGGGCAAACCUGUGCCCCGAGGUACGAUACAGACGAUCUUCCGACACACUGCAUUUGAUGAGGUGAGGAGACUGGGACUACCAGGAGAGACGGAGGCGCUGGUGCGGCAACAAUUCCCACAGGAGACAGGUAUGCUCGUAGUAGACCAGGUCAUUCAAGGAGGACCUGCACAUGACCAGCUGCGGACAGGAGACGUGCUCAUUAAGUUUGGUGGACAGUAUGGAGCGACAUUUUUGACCGUUGAAGAGUAUCUGGACGCUCAUGUUGGAGAGACAGUGGAGGCGCAGUUCCAGCGCGGAGACGAGCAGUACACAGCCACUAUCAGUAUCCAGGACUUACAUUCCAUCACGCCCGACAGAUACUUGGAGAUCGGAGGAGGAAUUGUACAUGCACUUUCCUACCAGCAAGCGCGCAACGCGUCAUUGCCCGUGGGUGGGGUGUAUCUUGCUCAAGCAGGGCAUAUGUUCAUGAAGGCGCAUCUAGCCCAGCCCUGUAUCAUCACAUCCGUAGCGGGACAGCCCACUCCUACAUUAGACGACUUCGCACGGGUCAUGGCCUCGCUUCCGAACGGCUUCCGAACGGUAUUAAGGUACUUUAUGAUUCGUGAUCGCCACCGUGUCCGCACGGCCUUCAUUAUGAUGGAUCGCCUUUGGUUCCCAAUGCAAAUGUGCACUCGUAACGACGAAGACGGGCUUUGGUAUUCCAAGCCGUAUACGUUAGAAGCAUCCAAUGGAUAG